ACAAUAUCUUGCGUCUUUGUCGGUGCUGAUUUUCUCUUGUACUAUAAAUAUCAAAUUAUUUGGAAAAUCAUCACAAUGAUCAUUACAUAUCGAAAGCACUCUAAACCGAACAAGAUACAACAUGUUUUCUCUCUGGUGGUAUUUAUGAUGGUUUUAUCAAUGAUGUCAAUAGUGGUUUCAUCUCUUCCUCUUCUUUCAAAAACAAGAGCUUUACCGGAUUUUAUUCCUCUCAACUUUAAAUCGAGUUAUCACUUGGAUAAUGUUGUACAUAGCAAACCUAUUUAUUUUGAGUUGGCUCUUUCGCCCAAUGAAACUUAUCAAGGAUUUUCAAUUUCAAUUUUAUGUGAUGGUGGAAAUGGAUGUAGUAAUACUUAUACUAGCUUGAAUGUGAGUCUUGAUCCAUACUUGUUAUUGGAUGGGAAGUCAAUGUGGCCAUAUAAUGAAUCAACAAUUUAUCCAGGUUUGACCAUUACACAAUUCUCAAAUCCUCCAUUCAAAUCUGGAGUCACCUAUUACAUUGCAUAUGCCAGUUCUUCUGAUAUACCAAGUGCAAGUGUUGCAUGUCAAUCAUUCCCUUCAAAUCCUCGUCAAUUAAUGAUGAAUUCAAAGGAAACACUGGUUUCAAUCAAGAGAAAAAAUCAAAAAAAUCUAUUUGAUUUUUCAGUGUUCGUUCCAAUUGCUCACAAUAAUCAAGUUGAUGAAUUAACAGAACAUUACAAAUCUCAAGAAAAGGCAUUUACCUUAUUCAAAUCAUCUCUCUCACAUGUUGCUAAUGGAGAUUUUUCAUUUGUAAGAAAGAAUAUUCACCCAAAGCACUACUCAUCAGAUCACUUAAAACUCAAACACACAGACUUUUGUCGUUCGUUUGAAUAUAAGGUUUAUGAGGAUCAUUCACCUUGGAGAAAUAUUUGGUCAAAGAAGGAAACAGCUCCACAAUCAACAGAAUAUUUAAAGAAAUUCUUCUUGGAAAAUCAAGAUAAGAUGCAUUUAAUUUUCGAUUCAAGUAACCAUAAGGAUUUCUGCUCUCUUAUUCAAGAUGUUCCAUUUGGUAUUUUCAACUACAGAGCCAAUUUCUCUGAUAAGAAAUCUGUAACCUUAUUUGUAACAAUAUCUGUAGAUGGAGUUGUGGAAUAUGUCCACUAUCCACUGGUUAUUACUCCAACAAAUGAUACUCUCUUUAGCAAGUUCUCUGAUUUCACUCACAGAGUACUUUCCAAUAUAUCAAACUAUCUGUUGCACUAAAACAAGUUGGUGAUCAUAAUCACCCAGUUAUAGCAACGAGUUCAGAUAAAUAAAUUUUAAUUAUUAUUUUGC